UUUUUGUUAUUAUAUAAUUUUUAUGAGAAAAAACUGUGAAACCGGAUUGGCGAUAAAAGAAAAGUAGUCAUGGCUUUUCGCUUAGUAACUCACCAAGUAGCACGACGUGGGGGUCUGCUAUCGGCGCGCGAAAUUUUUAGUAAAACAGCGCAAAGUGCAUUUAGUGUGUCAGCCAGGAAGAUGGAAAAUGUUCGUAUUGAAACUGAUACCUUUGGAGAACUGAAGGUACCCGCUGAUCGCUACUAUGGGGCCCAGACGAUGAGAUCUGUGCUGAAUUUCCCCAUUGGUGGACCGUCUGAGCGAAUGCCAGAGCCAAUCAUUAAGGCCAUGGGAGUGCUGAAGAAGGCAGCAGCACUUGUGAACAAGGAGUACGGAUUGGAUGGACGUGUAGCUGAUGCCAUCUCGCAGGCAGCCGAUGAUGUUAUCUCCGGGAAGCUGUACGAGGAGGGACACUUUCCUCUGGUGAUCUGGCAAACGGGAUCCGGAACACAGACCAAUAUGAAUGUGAAUGAGGUGAUUAGCAACCGGGCUAUUGAGAUUCUCGGCGGGAAACUCGGUUCUAAGGAUCCUGUACACCCCAAUGAUCACGUCAACAAGUCCCAGAGCUCCAAUGAUACCUUCCCAACUGCCAUACAUGUUGCUGUUGCCAGGGAGCUCGUUGAGAACCUGAAACCCGGCAUCCAGACCCUCCAUGAUGCAUUGAAUGCCAAGGCCAAGGAAUUCCACGAUAUUAUCAAAAUUGGGCGUACGCACACAAUGGAUGCUGUCCCAUUGACCCUCGGGCAGGAGUUCAGUGGGUACGUACAGCAACUUAAAUUUGCUCUAGAUAGAAUCGAUGCUGUACUUCCGCGAGUCUAUAUGUUGGCUCUUGGUGGCACUGCUGUUGGUACUGGCCUCAAUACUCGUGUGGGAUUCGCCGAGAAGACUGCUGCCAAGAUUGCUGAACUAACUAGGCUUCCCUUUGUCUCAGCACCAAAUAAAUUUGAAGCUCUUGCUGCCAGAGAUGCCAUGGUUGAGGUGUCCGGAUGCCUCAAUACAAUCGCCACGAGUAUCAUGAAGAUUGCCAAUGAUAUUCGUUUCCUCGGUUCAGGACCUCGCUGUGGCCUUGGGGAACUUAUGCUGCCAGAAAAUGAACCUGGAAGUUCCAUUAUGCCCGGAAAAGUGAACCCCACACAGUGCGAAUCAAUCACGAUGAUUUGUGCACAAGUUAUGGGAAACAGCGUGGCUGUGACCGUUGGUGGCUCAAAUGGGCAUUUUGAGCUCAAUGUGUUCAAGCCCCUCAUUGCAUCCAAUGUCCUGAGAUCCAUUCGUCUCCUCGCCGAUGGGAGUCGCACUUUCACAUCCAACUGCGUCAAUGGAAUUGAGGCAAAUAAAGAUCGCAUUGCACAAAUCAUGAAUGAAUCCCUGAUGCUCGUAACGGCACUCAAUCCCCACAUUGGUUACGACAAGGCUGCCAAGAUCGCCAAGACGGCACACAAGGAAGGGACAACCCUCAAGGAAUCCGCUCUCAAGCUGGGCUAUCUCACGGAACAACAAUUUGCAGAAUGGGUGCGCCCACAGGACAUGCUUGGCCCUAAAUAAAUAUCUCCCUCCAAUUAUGCGGCAUUGAGAGAAAUUUUUUCUUUUCUUUUCUUAUGCUUGUGUGACCAUUAUUAUUGUAUGUGCCACAGGCCCAGUGAUGUUCAGUUCAAUAAAAUCUCACGAUAAGAUCCAA